CGGCGCCGCCAGCGCCGCCGCCGGCCGGCCCACCUCGCCGCCCAAGUGCGAAGUCGACGACUCGCCGCUACACAAAUCCAUGGACAAGAAUAAGGAGUCACUGAAGGUGAAGCUGAUGCUGCGGAGGCCCAUCAACCAGCUGGUUGCGCAGGGAAUCAUGCCACCGCUGAAGACGCCGCCGGCGUUCCACGAGCAGCGGCAGAAGCUGGAGCGCGCCAAGAUGGGCGACCUGCUGAAGGCGAAGAUCCAGCAGCGGCCGGCGCGCCACGAGCUGGUGCGCCAGCACAUCCUCGAGGCCGACGUCGGCCACGUCGACCCCUCGCUGGCCGAGCGCCAGCGCAUGCUCAAGAAGGCGCGCCUCGCGGACUCCCUCAACGACCAGCUGUCGCACCGGCCGGGGCCGCUCGAGCUCAUCAAGAAGAACAUCCUGCACACCGACGAGCCCAUCGAGAGGGCCGUCAAGGAGGGCGUGAUCCCAUUCAAGGCGACAUGCGAGGGCCAGCUGACACGGCCACAGCACCCCAGCCGCUACGUCACGUUCGACGAUGACUCGCAGAGCUCCGAGGGCGGGCAGUCGCCGCCACAACCGCCCCCACAAGGGCCCUCGCUACACGCGGCACACGAUGUACUGGAGGCAGCGGCAGCCUCGGCGGGCAUCGUGACGGUAGUGACGGCGCCUGCCUCCGCCGCCGCGACCAUAACCCUGGCCGACCUGUGCGUGACCAGUCCGCUGUCGUUGGGCUCCACCACGUCGAGCCUCAGCCCGCUCAGCUCGGUGGCAUCACCGGCACCUGCCUCUGCCGCUGCUGUGCCGCCCCCGCCACCUCCUCCACCCCCACCUCCCGCCCCCGCACCCACUGUCGUGGCAGCACUGACACCCCCACAGACUCCGCAGCCAUCACCGGCGCCGUCGCUGGCCUCGGUGUUGUCACAGGCAGCACGCUCCGAUGCGCCGGGAAAGGACAAGAACCGCAAGAAGUCGAAGAGCAAGACGCAGCCCAAGACGCGGCCCAUCAAGUUCCACGAGUACAAGGGCCCGCCCAAUGCACACAAAAGUGCUCAUGCCAGCACCUCACCUGUUGAGACCUCCUAUGAGCUCCUGCUCCAGCAGCAGCAGCUGUUCCUUCAGUGGCAGCUCGAGUGGCAACACAAGUACCCACAGAUCAUCCUGCCGGCCUCUCACAAGUCGUCGCCAGACGGUGGCCCGACACAAAUGGUGGCGGUGGCAUCGCCCUCACCAUCACCAUCACAGGCCGCCCCCACGAGUCCGCCACCCCCUGCGGUGCAAGCAUUGACACCUGCACCGUCCGACUCCGGCAGCAUCAUGCGCUCCCUGUCCAGGCUCGACGAUUGGAAGGUGAGCGACCUGAAGGCGGAGCUGAAGCGCCGCAACCUCCCCGUGUCGGGGUCAAAGCCUCAACUGAUCGACCGGCUCCGGCCAUAUGUGGCCGAGCUGUGUGCUUCUCCGGGCCCUGCUCCCAGCUUCGCCGGUGAUGAGUCGCAGUCGCUUUCGGCUGAUGCGCCAUCUUCACCAGCGGACACAGAGUCGACGGCCGCACCCAGCCCACCCGGAGUCAGUGCGACCGGUGGUGCACCGUCGCCCGCGCCGUCUGCUGACGUCGAGAUGGAGGCGUGCGGCAGUCCCGCUACGCCGGCAACACCCGCCGCCACAGAGGACAUCAUCCGCGACCAGCAGCGGCGCAUCGAGGAGCUGCAACGCCAGCUGCACCAGUCACAGAUGCAGUUGCAGCUGCAGAAGAUGCGCAGCAAAGCAGCCGCGGCGGCAGCUGCGGCACAGACGCAGACCCGGGCGGCCGGCGCAGCGGGUACUGUUGCGGCACCUGCCGCCGUAUCGCAGCCGCAGAAGCUCAUCCUGCAGCAGCACCUCCAGCACAAGAAGGCCCAGCAGCAGCUGCAGCAGCAGCUGCAGCAGCUGCAGCAGCAGCAGCAGCAACAGCAGCAGAGGCAGCAGCAGGCUCAGCAGCAGCAGCAACAGCAUGCUGCCUUUCAACAGCAGCAGCAGCAACAACAACAGCAGCAGCAGCAGCAGCAGCAGCAGCAGCAGCAACAACAACAACAGCAACAACAACAACAGCAGGUCAUUAAUGCCAAGGCAAGCCUUGCAGCCUUCCUCCAGAGUCAGAACAGCCAUCACCAGCAACAGCAGAACAACAACAACAGUAACCAUAACAGCAGCAGCAGUAGCAACAACAACAACAACAACAACAACAGCAGCAGCAACAACAACAAUCAAAACAGUAACACGAACAACAUGCUUGUCGGUAGCAACUCUAGCAGUACAGCAAAUGGCCAGAGUGCCCACCCACACAUCCGCCGCAGCAUCGUGCUGGACCAGCAACAGGCGGCGCUUGUCCUCAACCACAUCAACCUGCAGAAGGUUGCUGCUGCGGCUGCUGCCGCAAGUGUCAAUGGGCUCACGCAGCCUGGCCACCACAGGACUGCAUCAUUACCGAACUUCUUGGGCUCGUUUGUGACACAGCAAUCAUCUAUGGCUGAUGGAAGUGUCAAAGUAAGUGUGACACAGGCACCACCUACAGAAGCCACAACAGCCGCUUUCAUCAUUCCAAAGGUCCCACCGCCACAUUAUGACGAAGCAACGAAACAUAUCGAGGAUGAGCACCAGGCUGCCAAGCAGAGGCACGUGAAGAGCCAGAUUGUGGAUGACGUGUUGGAGAUACUCAUCAAGAAUGGAGAGCUGCCCCCUAGUGCGGCCCAGGACCCGGCCACGCCAACUUCGGGACCUGCCGGAGCCUCUUCAGAGCCCCCCCAGUUCCUUUCUGUUAUCGACACAGCUUCACCUCCACCACCACCUCCACCCCCGCCACCACCGCCACCGCCUCCGCCACCACCUCCACUGCCGCACGUGUCCGGUGAUGCGGCAGACUUCCGUGACGAAGAUCUGGAUUUCCUGCUGGAGGAAGUGGCGAGGCCCUCAGGUGUCGUGGACUCGGAUGGUGUGGAAGCUGACCUGGGCCUGGCCCUUGACUUGAGUGUCCUCGAUCCUACAGACUUUGGCGCACUCGAUUCCGAUGCUGAGAUGGAGGUGGCUCACCCUCCAGAUGCCGGGUCCAUUUCUUCAGCCGUCCCAACUGCCGACGAGCUCAUGGAUGUAGACGUCCCGGUGGACAUGGACGUGACCGAUGUGGACUGGUUGGAUGGUCUAGUGCCACCUGCACCUGCCGAUACAGACGUCCCGUCACCGCCACACGUCCCGACUCCCGUCACCACACUUUUCCCGGGUCCCUCGACUGUGUGCGGGAGCACAGGGUACGAUCCGCUGCUGUCGGAUACGCGGGACCCGUUUGACCUGUUUGGGACGGAGGAUGUGGACUUCAGAGUCACGGGCGAGCUUGGAUCAAACCUGUCGUGGGACCGCCUCGACUUUGCCACGUAAUCGUUGCGCAGAUAAUACCGUAGUCUGCUAGCUGCAAAACAAAAUACCACAGUAAUUUGGCAAUAUUGGAUGGUGUCUAAAUUGUUAAAUUAUUUUCUUGUUCUGUGCCACUAGAUUGUAGGUUGAGGUUUGAAAGUGUUUGAAUUUGUUCUUUUUCCCAGAGCUUCCCAGUUUGUCAUAUGCUCUCCCCUUGCCUGUACCAAUUUCCCAUGUUUGUAUGAUGGCAGGAAUGUGUGGUGCCUAAGCCAUUGUGAUUUGUAGGUGCAUUUGAUUUGACAGAAGAUUCCUGAGUAAGUGGGUGCAACAGUAGAAGGUGCCUAAACAUUUUUUUCAGGCUGUUGAGACUGAAGUGCAGUGACAGUGGAUGUUAUUUCUUGAUCAGUGUGGCGAAAUUUGGGUGGUAAAGAUGUUUUUGUGCUUCACAUGUUCCUGCACAAUGUGUGUUAAGUAGAUUAUCAGUGUAUAGAACAAUUGUGGAGCAAUUGAGACUUUUUGUGUACUUAACAUGUUGAUAUAGAAGUAGCAGUGUUACAACUACUGCUGCCCAUGUAAAGCGUUGUGUGCACUUUGCGUUACUUGUUAUUUUUAAUUUUUUUGUAUUUGUUGAAGGUGCAAGCUUGUGUGUGUGUGUGUGUGUGUGUGUGUGUGUGUGUGUGCGCGCGUGCGCGUAUCCACAUACGGUAGUACUUGUGUGCACAUCUGUAUGCAUAAGGUUGAACAUAUCCAAAUGUUUGUUUUGUAAUACUGUAAACAACCGUAAUAUCGUGUGUUCCUAUUUGUAAAUGAAUUUGGUGCUUAUUGUACAGUGUGUAUGUGCAAAUAUGGUAGAAGAAAUUAGCCUCAUGGCAUUUAAAAUGUGCUCACUUUUCUAUAAAUGUGACUAUUUCAUAAAUAUGAAAUAUUAUUUAGUAUUUAUUCUUUAUGACCAAGUCACGGAUAAAGAUAUAUAUAAAUCUUACUCCAGUCUGUUACCCUGAUUGGAGUGUGUAUAUCAAUGAAAGCUGAAAAAAUUGUUGGGUUAUGCAGAUUUAUUUCUGAAUAUGUUGUGUGUUAGUUUUGCAAGUGAGAGUGAAAUAACAAAUGUUCACUGAUAGCGGUUUUCAAGUGUAAUGCUAUUUAUAUUCUCGUGUUGCCAUUCUAAAAGCCUUUGUGAUCCAAGUACAGCGGCUGUCUCAAUCACAGUUUCUUCACAAAUGCGCAGCAGAAUUUCUUCACACUCAGCUCUGCCAUGUGCCGAAGCAAACGGCAUUUGGAAGCCAUUACGAGAAAAUAAGUGUCGCCAUCUGUGAGUGACUUGAGUUCAGCAGUACUUUAUAUAUAUACAUACGUAUAUAUGUAUAUACAUACACACACAGCUCUGUGGCAUGUACUGGUUGCAUUCCUAAUGCAAGAGCAUUGCUCACAUUAUAAUUUUUUAAUCAAGAUGGAAACUUAACUCUGCGUUGUGAUGCUGUCUUGAUACAUACUUAAUGUUUCCUGUGGUUUUUAGUGACAUUCCAUGUAAAAAAAAAAUUAAAGUUGUUUUCCCCAGGCCUAGUUUCCUUCAUUCUAUCAUUUAAAAUGUGUGUCAGUAGGGACAGACUGUGGACAAAUUACAAAUCCUGCUAUACAAUUUAUAAAGUAUUUCUGCAAAAUACUACUUUGUUUACUACAUCCAUUAUUUUUAUUUGUCAAGUUUUAUGAAAUGUAUCUUCGAGUGACACUCACCCUCUUUAUUGUUACAUUUUCAGUGUUAUAUUUUUAAGAAUUUGACAGCAACUUCAUUCACUGAAGUGUGCUUGUGUAGUUCCAUUGCAUGACUAAUUAAAUCCAAACCAUUCGUUACACAUUCCAGAAAGUCUGAACAUAUCCAGAAAAGGAUUGUAGGGUCUGCAUGGAGACACAUGAUGUGGACCAAUUUUAGGGCAAUAUUGCAGCCUGUACGUUAAUUUUGGAUUUGUCCAAAUCAUCUCAAAUUUUUAUUUGUUUCCGACUAUCAAAAAUAUUCUGUCAUGCUAAUAUACUACAAAGUGUGCCAUGUCGUCAGUCUGUCCAAAAAUGUGUGUUGAGAAGAGCAGUUGUAUUCAUUUGUAGACAACAACUCUUAAAAAGUGAAAGAAAGUAAGUCCAGUUACAUGGGGAAAGAAUUCUUGUGAUGCAGACUAGCUAGUUUUGAUUCAAUACAAUUAUCUGGGCUUCCUGUGUUUAAUGUUCCUGAGGAAUGAUAUGUUGGGAUGCAGUUCUCACGGUCACAAAGACUGGAUGGUGACAAUGUAUACACACAGAAGUGAACAAUACAUUUCCCACAAACUAGUGGCAUAGUUCAUAUCUUUUCAGUUUUUAUUUUUUUAAAUUUAGAGACUAUAGGUAAUAGAGAAUUUUCACAUGCAAGCUCACCAUUUGGUCAUGAAAGAUUUCACAUUAUUCAUUUUUAUUUUUGUGAUUCUUCAGCAUGUGUAUUUGCCUUUACUUCUGUGAUUAGCUUUUUACAAUGUGUUGGCUAUGUCAGUAUGUUUGUUCAUUUGUAAAAGAACAGGGAAAACUGACUUUAUUAUUUUCUUUUUUUCCCUUUCAAAAUCCACAGCUAAUGUAUUCUUAACAUGUAGUUAAGUGCUAACUACAAAGUUAGUUGUACAGAAUGGUCUGCGAGAAUCACUUUUAUGUUUCCCUCACCCUUAAUUAGACCAUUCAGUUUCACAAAGUACUUUUGCAACAUUAGCAGAUUGGUUUGAGACUGUCUGAACAGACUUGAAGCACAAAAUAUAAAUUUGUGGACUGCAUAUUUUCAGUAUCCAAAUUUUUGAAUUGGGACCAUGCAGAGGAGUUAAGACAGAGUUGUUAUUUAAAAUGUUCUUUAUUUCAGUGCUUGAAAAAAGCUUUAUUUAUGGAUAUAGUGUGGUGUGAUGAAAUAGUUGCAGAUUAGAGUUUAUUUUCAGUAAGUAGCUGUGAGAAUGUGAAGAGAAGUCGAAUGUGUGAUACCCAUUUUCUGAGUGAGGAGUAUGUUCGGGUUUCACAAUUUUUCCAGUAAAUUUGCUUUAGAUUACUGCAUACUUUUUUGUUUUUUCUCCUUCUCCUGGCAAGAAGUUACAACUAACUCUUGCCUCGUAGGAGGAGACUGGGCUGAUUUCUUUCCUUUAUACAAUACAUAUGUUUUUAAAAUGUAAAUAUGUUAAUAUUAAUAACCCUUGUAACUAGGGUUCAUUAUGGUCAGUUCAAAUAAAACUGUGUAUUGAUUU